AUGAGGAGAGCUUUCUCGAGGCUGUCGUGCCAACUGCUGAAGAGGGCUGAGAGUGACGAGCUGCAAUCGACGAUCCGAUUCCUGGCAAGAGGUUCCAAACCGGCAAUAUCGUCGUUAAUUGAUAGGAGCAAUGGUGGUGAAGACGUGAAAGGAGACCCUGAAGAGGAAGCAAAGCAUGUUGAGCGGAUUUUGAAGAUUUUGAACAGCACAUUGCCGGAAGUGGAGCCCCGCAAGAGGCAUGUAGAAGUCCAUUACGAUAUCCUGUUCUCGCAAUUGAAGAAAAUAGUGGAGUCGUCGAUAGAAGCGACAGAUCGGGAAGGAACCAGGCAGCGUGUUGAGUCGAAUAACGUGUCUGAGAGCCUUUACGACGAAUUGAUGCUGUUGCAGUACACAAAUAAGCUUACUGGUGCGGGCCAGAUCGCCAAGAUAGUGCUAGCCAAGGGUUUUGCGGAAUGGAGCAGAGUGUGGGAUAAUAUCUCCUUGUUCAGCGAGAACCAGCGGCGAGAUUUAUCGUUGCUGCUAUAUUUCCGCAGUGGGAACUCGGACAUCCCACAGGCGUUCGAAGAGGUCUGGUUCCGAGACUACCAUAGGCUUCAUAUUAUCACCCAGAGACUGCUGUGGCGAUGUGUUGCGAGGAAGAUCGACGUUGGUGCCGAUUUUGCGCUGGCGGUGAAGCAGCAGGUCGAUAGGGUCCGGCACUGGACAACGAAGGACCUGGUAGUUCUCUAUCAGUCACUGUUCGCAAAGGCGCACAUGCUGCCUCAAAACUUGGCCGAUGACGCUGAGCCCGCACUGAGCAGAAAUCAGCAGCUCUUCAUCAAGACGUUACGAAUGCUUUCCCCCUACGAGUCGAGCGAACGCAAGAUAAGGAAAGGGAUGGUCAGGCUGGUGAAGCUAAGUAUCGAAAACAAAGUGGCGUCAGAGAGCCCGGAGAUCACGACAGGGCUCUCGAUCUACCAGUACCGUUUUAUAAGAUCGCUUGACCUGACCGUACAGGAACUGCACAGCGCAUGCGAGGGCAAGAAGCAGCUAGAACGACUGCGACAUAGUCUGGCAAGUAUCCUUGCCACGAUCCACGACGAAGAGCAAGAAGUCAAGUCCCACAUGUCGGUAAAGUUCAUUUAA